AUGUUGGAGCAAUUAUCGAUAAAUUCAAAUAGAAUAAAGAUUACACCGCUAAUCAAAAUACUCUGCCAAUUCAAUGGAGGAUGUUUACCUGAAUUACUUAAUUGUGAAAUGCGAAAUAAAUACACCGAAAAUCUACAAUUCAUACAAUCUCUUGCAAAUGAAGAUGUCACAGGAAUUGGGCAAAAGAAAUUUAAUCAAAGCAGCAUUGUUCCAGGAAAGAGAUUUUUAGUUACAAACCAUCUUAAAAAUCGAUUUAUCGAAGUGUAUCCCAAAAAUUUUACUAAUAUGGGCGCGGAUAGAAUGUUUGCUUUACGAGGAUAUUUAUCAAUAACAAUAAGGUUUUUAUUCAUUUUAUUAUAA